ACCAGAUGGUUGAAUUUGCUUAACCACUCUCAAUACAUAAGAAAUCUGGCAUAUAUUAAACACGCCAUCAUUCUUAGCAUAUAUUAACCAAUAUAUAUAUAAUAUAAUAUAAUAUUAAAAAAAAAAACACUGAUAUCUAGGUAGUGCAUUGAAAGUAACCUACAAUCUGUGCUUAUUAUAUAACUAAGGUACUCUUUCUUUCCAUCUAACCAGGCCAGUUGCAUUGUGCUAUAAAACCCCCUCAACUCUCCCACCAUUUUUCACUCCAUCAUCAUCAAUAUAUAUAAGCAAGUUUUACAAAUAUCAUCAGUUUGAAAUAUACAAAUAAAUUAGCUAGCCAUGGUUUAUGAGAGAUCAAAUGUGUCAAAGAAUGUAUGUGUUGUCGGUGGCGGCCCCUCAGGGCUGGUGGCAGCAAGGGAGCUAAGGAAGGAAGGGCACAAGGUGGUGGUUUUCGAGCAAAACCAUGAUGUUGGAGGGCAAUGGCUAUAUGAUGCCCAAGUUGAAGGGGAGGAUCCCUUGGGAAGGGCUGAAGAUUUCUUGAAGGUUCACAGUAGCAUUUAUGAAUCAUUGAGGCUUAUAUCUCCAAGAGAGAUUAUGGGUUUCUCUGACUUCCCUUUUGUAACCAAGAAAGGAAGGGACCAAAGGAGAUUCCCAGGCCAUGAGGAACUGCUAUCGUAUUUGCGCGAUUUUUGUGAGUUUUUUGGGUUGAGAGAGAUGAUAAGGUUCAAUACAAGGGUGGAGUAUGUUGGGAUGAUGGUGAAUGAUGAUGAGGAGGUUGCAGGGAGUAAUGUGAGAUGGGUUGUGAAAAGCAAAGAGAAGAAUAAGGUGGUGGAACAACAAGUGUUUGAUGCUGUGGUGGUGGCCUCUGGUCAUUAUUCUCAUCCCAGAUUGCCUCAGAUCAAAGGUAUGAAUGCAUGGAGGAGAAAGCAGAUGCAUAGCCAUAUUUACAGAGUUCCGGAGCCGUUCCGCAAUGAGGUGGUUGUGGUAGUUGGGAACUCACUGAGUGGACAGGAUAUUUCCAUGGAGCUUGUAAAUGUAGCAAAGGAGAUUCAUUUAAGUUGCAAGCAUCCUAACAAUAUUUCUCAAGGCUUAUCAAAAGUCAUCUCCAAGCAUGCUAAUUUACACAUUCAGCAUCAGAUAGAGUCACUGCAAGAAGAUGGAAGGGUUUUGUUUGUGGAUGGAAGCUCCAUCAUUGCAGAUACUAUCUUAUAUUGUACCGGUUACUCUUACUCCUUCCCAUUUCUUGACACCAAAGGAAUGGUUGUAGUGGAUGAUGACAGGGUGGGGCCCCUCUAUGAGCACACAUUUCCUCCUUCACUAGCUCCUUCUCUCUCCUUCAUAGGCAUUCCAAGAAAGCUGAUAGGGUUCCCUUUCUUCGAGUCCCAAGCAAUAUGGAUAGCGCAGCUGCUGUCUGGAAAAAGAACACUGCCAUCAUGGGAUGAUAUGAUGCAGUCCAUCAAGGAGUUUUAUCAGUCUAGAGAUCUUGCUGGCAUUCAUAAGCAUAAUACCCAUGACCUUGCAGAUUUUGAUUAUUGUGAUAAAUAUGCAGAUUACAUUGGAUUCCCACAUCUAGAAGAAUGGCGCAAGGAGCUCUGCUUAUCAGCUCUCAGAAAUGCUGAUAUCAAUUUGGAGACAUAUAGGGAUGCAUAUGAUGAUCAAGAUCAAGAAAUGCUCCAACUAGCUUAUCAGAGCCCUCACUUCACUCAGCUCCAAUCACAUGCUUUUCGAUGUUCCAAUGAGACCAUGUGAACUAAGAUGGAUGCACACAAAUUAUUUCAGGCCGGAUAAAUUAUAUUGUGUGCAUGUACAAGUUCGCACAAUCUUACGAGGG